AUGGCUUCCCACCAAGUGUCGAAACCCUUCCAGAAGAUCUUGGAUCCGACCAAGUUAGGCACCUGGAAAGUCGUCCGUCGACCACCGAUCGAGAACCAUAGCGUGAUCCAGGGCAAACCUCGGGAGCAGAACUCCAACGCCUUUAAGGAUCAUCAGUCCAAGGAGGGAACCCGACUACGAAAAGCCCUGAACGCCCUCACCCAUGGCAAGAACAUUUUCGUUUAUCACAACAUGCGCACCAACCAGGUGGUGUAUUCAUUGACGCGGUAUCUAGAGAAAAACAAUGUCCUCCGCCAAUUGGUAUAUCACGGCAAGAAGACCGUCCCCGCCACUCUCCGGAAAGAUAUGUGGGUUCCUUACUACUCGGUGCAUUUCCACGACUCCAAAAUUGGUCUUCGCGCAUACCACUUGCUCCGGGAGUUCGCCAUGCAGCGUCAACUAUCCCCACCUCGGGAGAUGAUCACUAUCACAGAAAAAUUCCUCGACCAGAAACGCCCGCGGGACCCCGAAGAGGCAGAAAAAUUUAACGAGAAGUACGAGGGUAAGGUCGGAUGGUUGAUGGAGAAGAAAGACAGAGCCCGGGCCCUGAUGGACCAGAAAGCGACCAGUGUUGCCGAUGUCGCGGCCGUGCUGGAGAUCCAGGAGGAGGAGAUCAAGAACGGUUUUGCUGAUGGCAAACGAGGCUAUCUCACCCGCAGCGCUAGACGACGUCGGAGGGAGGCUCGCAAGAAGGAACAGGCCAAGGCCGAGGAACAAGCUGCACGCGUGGCUUCUUUUGAACAGACGUUGAGUACAACUCAGGUCGAAUACAAGAUCCAGGAAGUCGAGGACAACUCUAAAGCAUUGGAGAACAACGGAGUAAAGAUCCUCUGGACCGAUAUCCACGACGCUCAACGGGCGGAGUCUUGGCCGGAGCGCGUUCAACACGGCGAGCUGGAUUUAACCCGUGACCAUGUCAUUCCAGGGCAGAAACCCACUUCCAACACUGAAAUCCUAGCAGAUGGCAGGUUCAAGGAGAGGCAGACCUAA